GUGCCAAUUGUCGUUUGGCGUCGACGCGUGUGAGAUUGGAGCGAGCAGAGGCUCUGAAAGGAGCACAUUGGCGUCGAGCGAGGAGACCUACUUUGAGAGGCGGAGCUCUCCAUCGCCGCUGAUGAAAGGCGCUUCCUCCUCCGGCAGCAACAGCAGCAGCAGCAGCAGCAGGCAGCAAGCUAGCUUACAGCAGCACGUUGCUGGCGUCACCGCUCAACUUUACGUCGCUCAGCGCUCUCCUGCACCGGGAGAACAACGGACAUCUUCGCCACCGGCUUCUCUCCACGACGCCCCCAAGUCUACCCAGCUCGAGACAACAUGUCGGCCUCGGCGGCUAAAGUCAGUAAAAAGGAGCUCAACUCGAACCAUGACGGCGCGGACGAGACCUCCGAGAAAGAGCAGCAAGAAGCUAUUGAACACAUUGAUGAAGUUCAAAAUGAAAUUGACAGGUUGAACGAGCAGGCCAGCGAGGAGAUCCUGAAAGUAGAACAGAAAUACAACAAACUCCGUCAGCCGUUCUUUCAGAAGAGAUCAGAACUGAUCGCCAAAAUCCCCAACUUCUGGGUCACCACAUUUGUCAACCAUCCACAGGUAUCUGCCCUACUCGGGGAGGAAGACGAGGAGGCGCUUCACUACCUGAGCAGGGUGGAGGUGACGGAGUUUGAAGACAUAAAGUCAGGUUACAGAAUAGAUUUUUAUUUUGACGAAAACCCGUACUUCGAAAACAAAGUACUUUCCAAAGAGUUCCACCUGAACGAGAGCGGAGACCCGUCUUCAAAGUCCACAGAAAUCAAAUGGAAGUCGGGAAAGGACCUGACCAAGCGCUCCAGCCAGACGCAGAACAAAGCGGGGAGGAAGAGGCAACACGAAGAGCCCGAGAGCUUCUUCACCUGGUUCACCGACCACGCCGAUGCCGGCGCCGACGAGCUCGGCGAGGUCAUCAAGGACGACAUCUGGCCCAACCCUCUGCAGUACUACUUGGUUCCAGACAUGGACGACGAAGAAGGCGAAGGUGAUGAGGAGGACGAGGACGAGGAGGGUCUGGAGGACAUAGACGAGGAGGCCGACGAGGAUGGAGAGGACGAUGAAGAGGAUGACGGAGAAGAUGGAGAGGACGACGAGGGAGAAGACGACUAAAGCUAUCAGCAGCCUCGCCCUCCUCACCUUUCUAUUCCCUAUUUGGUUUAUCAAGUCAUGUUCGGGAGCAAAGGUUUAUUUUUAUUUUAGUUUAUUUUUUUGUUUGUUUUUUUUUUAAGUCCGUGUGUGCUUCAUUCGACACUCUGAAGCCUCUCCACCCGUGGGUGCCAUGUUCUGUUUCUCCUUCGACUCGUCUAAGGCCGACGGCACUUUGCCCUGAAUUGUGAGUUACAUCCCCAGGGUCAUCAUCUCUGAAAAGAAAAUAAUAAUAAAAAAAAAACUAGAACGGGCUCGGCAUCCUGCGUAGAAUUUGAAGCCACUUGCCAGAUUCCGCCUGUCCAAGGUGGACUAAAGCCAUGGUGUAGUGAGCUAGCACUAGCAGACCUCAUCAAGUUCACUUUUUCCUUCAAAACGAGACAGCCUUUUCCCCGACGUGGUUAACAAGUAUGCUCAUUCCUUUGUCAUGUUCAGUGGGGCGGGAGGGAAGGGGGGGGGGGUUCAGCGUAUGUUGGCUACUGGGGGGGACGGGACAGGGAGGGAAGGGGUGGGGGUAUUUUGACACCAUUUCUAUGGAAGUUUUUUUUUGUUUUCAUUGUAUUGUUUUACAGAUAUCCAUGCAAAUUUGAAAUGACAUUUUUAAUAAAGAACAAAAUGGGUUAAAAAAACAAAAAAAAAAAAAAACACCACCACCAAGCUUGUAAAUUUUGGCCCCCACUCGCUUCAUGGAUAGAUCCAGUUCUUGUCAUUUACAUCCAUUCACCUUCCUUUUUCUCCUGGGGGGGAAAGAAAGUGUUUAAAGUUUGAGGUGUAAACUUGCUUUGUUUCAAUAAUAAAAUGUAAUGUGUA